AAAGAGAGAUAAAGAAAGAGAUAGAAAGAAACAGAGAAAGAGAGAAAGAAAGAAAGAGAAAAAGAAAGUGAAAGAAAGAAAUUGAGAAAAAGAGAGAGAGAGAAAAAGAGAAAAAGAAAGAGAGAGAAAGAGAGAGAAAGAAAGAGAGAGAAAGAAAGAAAGAGAGAGAAAGAAAGAGAGAGAAAGAAAGAAAGAGAAAGAAAGAGAGUGAAAGAGAGAAAUAGAGAGAAAGAAAGAGAAAGAGAGAGAAAGAAAGUUAGAGAAAGAAAGAUAGAGAAAGAAAGAGAGAAAGAGAGGGGUGAAGAGUUAUGUGUGUUUGUAUAAAAUACAUCUAGAAUGGAUAAGUCAGUCAUAAGUCAGUCACUAGUCAGUCACAAGUCAGUAACAAGUCAAUCAUAAGUCAAUCACAAGUCCAGACUUCUUUAACAAAUAUGAUGAACAGAGAUUUUAGUUUUGUAUCCUUAGCAAAAAACUGUGUAUGAUGUUAUCGUAAGGCUACAUCCUGUAACUGUUUAGCAGUAGCUGAGUUAUCGUCUCCUUUUUUUGUUCCCGAAACUUUGUGACUUAAUAUUCCUGGUCCGACCAACAGUUUCAAUUAUCCUGUAGGUCACAGUAAACAACAUUCUCAACACAAAAGGAGACAUAACAGAUCUAGUGGUUCUGUUUUUUUUGUUUGCUAGUAAGAAAGCACAAUGGAGUGGAAAAAAGUAUAUCUACUUUGGAUUGUUGUAUCAAUUGUUCAGAUAGUAGGUUUCUUAUUGACCAUUAUCGGCUACGCUUCAAAAUACAUCGUGUCAUUGACUCAAGAUCGUGAGUUAAUACACACUGGGAUAUGGACAGGGUGUGUCACACUUAAAGAUAUAUGUGUAGGCCUAAAUCUAGCUGACCUUGUAGAAAGGAGUGGUCGUAGUAGAGCUUGGGUUGACGCCAGCAGAGGGUUGAUGAGUAUCUCUUUCGUAGGUCAGUUUCUGGUCGUCCUGCUGACCUCUUUGGCACUGUGCCGGACGCCGACUAAGCUGAUGUGUUGGGUGACUUCCGGAGUGGGCGUUUUUUCAGGUAUCGAACUGACGCUGAUAGGUUACAGUACAAAUUACAUUUUGUCCAUGAAGGUUUAUCGUCAUUUGGCUCACAUUGGGAUGUGGUCUGAAUGUAGAGCCAUCUUUAGAAGCGAGCUUGAAUGUGAAAACUUAGAUGAUCUUUUGGAAGAGAGACAUGUAAGCAGAGAUUGGCUGGACGUCAGCAGAGCCUUGAUGACCAUCUCCUUCGUCUGUCAGCUCCUCACCUUGUCGCUGACCACAAUAGCAUAUUGCCGGUCGCAGACGAGCUUUAUGUGUUGCUUGACCACAAUCACGGCCGGCAUUUCAGUUUUGACUGGAAUUAUUGGGAUUUCUGUGGCAGCUGUAAAUGGGCUUAGAUUUUUGGAGAGUACAGAUUUAUAUGAAGGAUUAGAGUUUAGUGUGGACUGGUCGUUCGCCUCAUUUAUCAUAGGACAAUACGCAUACUUUGUUAUUUUGUUGGGGCACUGUUUAAUAAUAAUCUGUUGAGAUAAACCUAUUUAAAGCAGUACGAGAUUUAUAUAUAAAAAUAAUACUUGUUUCAGA